CUGCUGCUGCUGCUGCUGCUGCCACCCCGGUUGCUCUCUGCAGACCGGAGUUGAGUUAGCCUACGACGAUCCGAUCCAGUCCAGAUGCCGCCCUUGGUUCCCCCUACGCGACGCUCGCGUAACGGCUGCAUCGACUGCCGCAAGGCAAAGGUGAAGUGCGAUGAGAUUCGCCCCUCGUGCGGAACUUGCGCGCGGCGUAGGCUCGUGUGCCAGGGAUACAAGACGCAGCCUGGCUCUGCCCAACAUGCCCGGCACUCACCCUCGUCUCUGCUCGCUGCCGGUGCUGGUGCCAGUAAUACCGCCGCCGCGGUAGCAAAAGAGCCAGUGUCGGGAUCUGCAUCAAAUUCUCCGGACCAGCUCUCCGUAGCCGUCUCCGCCGGGUCUACAAGCAGCAUUCCAACGACGCCGGCGUCGCAAAGCGCAUCAGCAAUUUCAAAUCGGCAGACGCUGGCUCUAGAUACGCGCACUUUUUCUCUGCUUCCUCCGGGGUCGGUGCCUGUCGCGGACCAGCCGUAUCUUGAAGUCUACUUCAACAGACACCCCUUUGAGCUGCUGAUAGGUCACGAGUUCGUGUGCGAGAUGAACGCCAACAUCGUGAUGAUGCUGCAGCAGGAUCCGGUGGUGAUUGCUGACACGAUCUCGGCCAUUGGCUACUCAUAUGACGUCGGCAGCUCAUCCGCGGCGCUGUUACCGGUGUUGAACCGGAGGGCAAAGAUCCUCGCCAACUUGAGGAAUAUGAAGCCCUCGACUCACUACUUUGAAGAGGCGCUCUUCCUGCUUCUCGGACUGUGUGCAAUGGAACUCGUCACUCUGGCACAACCGGGACACCAUGCAACCAUACCCACAGUCCUAUCAAAUGUAGCCUCUCUUAUCAGCCACCACGUUUCUACGGGAGGCGACAUAUCUUCCGUGGCGAGAUACUACCUCCGGGCACUGGCGAGGCAAGAUCUCGUUGUCUCUCUGAUCCAACUUCGCCGUCCUAGAGUUCCCAGCUACGUCUGGCUAGAAAAUGAACCGGCUAAGCCUGACCGUCUGCUUGGGUAUACCGUAACCCUCAUGCCGUUACUAGAAGAGCUCUGCACUCUGGCCGAAGAGGUCCGCGACCAGAUCCUUCAGUCCGCCUUCCCAAUUAGCCUCUUGGGUGGUGGCUGCGCAACAUCGCCAACAAGCACAGAAGAAAGGGGCUCCUCAUCUCCGCCCGUCUGCGUCGACAGCUGGCUCGACGCGGGCUACUCCAACAUUGCCCUGCGCGCCGACUCCCUCCGCCUGCGCCUCGAGUCCUGGAAGCCCACAAUCUCAGACAGCCUUUCCUUCCGCUCGGCGCGUAAGUUCCGCGCCCAGGCCGCCUGCUACCGCGCAGGCGCGCUCCUCUACCUGCAUCGGCUCUUCUACCUCCCCGGCUCCACGGCGGACGCGGACGGCGAGGCGCUGAGCAGGGCCCACGACGUGAUGCUGUACACGAGCGGGCCUCCGUCCGAGUCCAAGAUGCUGCUGUGGCCCGUCUUCAUGGCCGCGUGCGAGAUGCUGGAUGCGGACGACCGAGCUGCCGUGCUCGACGUCUUUGAAGCGAUUAGCACGCACCGCAAGACGGUGACGGUCGAACGGACGAGGAUGUUUGUCGAGGAACGGGUUUGGAAGGCGAGGGAUCAAAGCAGGGAGUGGAAUUGGAUGAUUGUAGCGCAAGAGUUUCCGGGGGAGUGUUUGCCGAUCUGAUUUGGUUUCCAUCAACUGGGAGUUCGGCCGGCGUGUGGGUGAGGUAAUUAAACAGCUCACCCUGGGUUCGGGUUCGGGUUGUGGCGGCGGCGGCGGGCGGCAUUCAUCAUGAGCCGGGACUUUCUCUCUCUCUCCACCUCAUAAGCAUGAUUUCUUGAAACAAAACGGGUGCAUUAGCUUAGCUUGCAAAAUUGUCCCAACGGGACAUGUUGACGUUGAAAUAGGCUUCACUGCAAGCGCAUCCAGUUGUUCGUAGAUCGGGUCCCACGCGGCCUAGUCCUUCACGGUUAACCCGUUGUCUCGGAUUAAUAAGCUCUGAACCUGGCCGACCACGUUGUGGCGCAG